ACAAAGCGACAACAGCCAUUCUCGUUGACCGAACUUCUCCCGAUCGACUAUGGUGGAAACCACGGAGAAGCUUUCUUCUCUUCUUCCAGUGGAAUUCUUCAUCGCUUUCUCCUUCUGGGUCCACCCGCCGUAACUCAUCGACGGCGAGCACAUGUUCCGCGAAUCCGCCAUGGAAACGGUGAGUGAAUCCAGUAAUGCACACACCACGGAUUUUCACACUUUUUCUCGUGGGCCAAAACACAAACACCUUGCGGGCAAAGGUUUUGAACUAAAAGGGGUUUCUAGUAGGGAAUAUAUCGGUUGCUUGCAAUAGGAAAACUUCAGGGAAUUGCAGGAACAGAUUCUGCGAGCUGAGACUUCUGUUUGACCAUCAUUAUCCUUCGAGUAUGAUGAAAGGUUUAUUGAUCAGCUAACGUCAGCGUGCCUAGCUAAGCCCUGUCGGCGUAGCCCAAGUCUUAUCUAACAAUCUCCAUCUUCCAUUGAUUUCUAGUUGACACUUGACAAAGUCAAUUUUAUAUGCUGAACGCGUUAUGGAGAUUGCAGAGGCCUUGAUAAUGUCUUUGCUUAAUAAUCUACUUGUCAAUGGGUAGUUGGCAAGUUGGAGUCAUUUUAUAUUGAAGCCAAGUCUUUUCAAUCAUCUAGGGAAAUGUACAUGUGUUUAUAUAUAACUGGGUUCUUCCCUUCACGUUUCAAUCAUUAUCAUUCCCAUUUCCAUUUCCAUUUCCAUUUCCAUUCUUCCUUUCGGAUCUCUGCACUUUCAAUCAGUAUCAUUUCCAUUCUCAUUUUCCAUUCUUCAUUUCAGAUCUCUGCAUUUUCUCUUCUUUGAGCUUGCAGUUGAGCAUAGAUGGCUGGGCUGCCUAUCGACUACAUGGCCCAGAAGAUGGAGGAUUUUCUGGUAAAGGAAGCAACUUUAUAUGGAGAAGCUCGUGACCAAGUGGAUGCGAUGAAGCAGGAGCUGAUGAGCAUGAGGUCAUUUCUGGAGGAUGCUGAUUAUCCAAAGUCCACCAGUUCCAAAUCAAAGGAAACCCAGGUUGCCCAAGUCAGAGAUCUGGUGUACGAUGUUGAAGACAUCAUCGACAAGUACAUGUACCAUAUAAACAAGUGGCGAGGCGACCAUACAUUCGUGUGGUACGCCAAGAGAACCUUUGGCUUCCCCAAGUACUUUUGGGAGAGGCGGCAGAUUGCUACAGGCCUCCGGGGACUCAACAGCAUGAUCAAAACCAUACCUGAGAGGUAUCAACGGUACACUGUUGAUCGUCAAGAGUCAGCUUCAGGCUCCAACCCUGGCGGAACACUUUUCAACUCCGAGGCUGCUCUGUUCCUCAAUGAAGACGAUCUUGUGGGGAUUGAAGCACCGAAAGAGGCACUUGUAGGGUUUCUCACCAAUGGGGAUUUGCAGCGAACUACUAUUUCAGUGGUUGGCAUGGGUGGCUCUGGUAAGACCACUUUGGUGGCUAACUUGUUCAACUCUCCUGCAGUCAAGCAAAAGUUUGAUUGUUGUGCUUGGAUUACUGUCUCUCAAACUUUCACCAUUGAAGAACUGCUCCGAAGCUUGAUCAAGGAGUUCAACAAGUCAAAUACAGGAGAAGGGAUUCCGACAGCGGAUUUGAGUGUCAUGAGCUAUCGGGAGCUUAUAGAGAAGCUUGUGGCUUAUCUUGAGAAGAAGGCUUACUUGGUUGUCUUAGAUGAUGUAUGGAGCAUUGAUGUUUGGAGCCAGAUAAAGGUGUCCCUUCCAAAUGGGCAGAAGGGCAGCCGAGUUAUGCUCACAACUCGUAUGGACGACAUCGCCCUGCACUUUUCAUCUGAAGCUGGAAGUCAUAUCUACAAUGUUAAACCACUCGACAGGGACAAAGCAUGGGAGCUAUUUUGUCGUAGAGCUUUCUCAUCAAGAAAUUUCAAAACAUGCCCUUCAGAGCUACAAGAGACAGCAAAUGAGCUUGUCGACAAAUGUGAAGGUCUUCCUCUCGCCAUUGCUUCAGUGGGUGGUCUCUUGGCCACAAAAAAAUGCUCAUUAGGCGCAUGGACAAUGGUUCUCAAGAACUUGCAGUGGGAGUUGAGCAACAAUCAGAUGCUGCAACCCAUAAAAAGCAUACUGCUUUUGAGUUACAACGAUCUUCCGUAUCGACUAAAGUGUUGUUUCCUAUACUUUGCUUUAUUUCCAGAGGACCACAGAAUCUGGUGCGACAGACUCAUCAGACUAUGGAUGGCUGAGGGAUUUGUGGAAGCAGGUGAAAAUGGAGUAUUACCGGAAGAGGUUGGUAUGCGAUACAUCAGAGAAUUGAUUGGUCGAAAUCUUCUCCAAGCUGUGAGAUGGGAGAUGUAUGGAGAUCACGGGAAGUGUAAGAUGCAUGAUUUGUACAGAGAGAUUGCCCUUACGAUAUCAAAGCAAGAGAAGUUUUGCUCGGUACAUGAUGCUAGAAGUCUUCUUAGAGAAGAUAACUCAUCCAAUCCUCGACGUUUAUCCAUCCAACAAGCCAGCAGUGAGCGUGAAGUGGCUGAUUUGGUCGAAGGUAUUUCACAUAUUCGCUCUCUCAUCUUCUUUGCUAGAGACAAUCAUUUCUCUCUAAGUAAACUUCCUUGGAGCCAUCUUCGACUCACACGUGUCGUGGAUAUGGAAAAGUCCCCACUGGAGAAACUCUCUGAGCAAAUAGCCGUCUUACUCAACUUGAAGUACUUGAACUUGAACAACACUGUCGUGAAAACUCUCCCAAAGAGUAUUGGAAAGCUGUGGAGUCUCCAAACUCUCGAAAUCCUGAGCACCAACAUCGAAGUCCUUCCAAGGGAGGUUGUGAAGUUGCAAAACUUACGCCACUUGUUGGCAGGCAAUCUCAAGUUUGGAAGUCUACGGGAAUACAACAAACUAAAAGGGGUGAAAGUUCCACCGGGUGCAGAUAUCAGCUCUCUGAAGAACUUGCAGACUCUACGCCUGGUGGAAGCAAGUGGAGAGAUAGUGAAGCAGUUGCAAAAAAUGACCCAACUCGUACAACUCGGGAUCACAAACUUGGAAGGCCGAGCUCAGAUGGAAGAUUUGUGCUCAUCGCUACAAACUAUGCAGCUGCUGCGAUUUUUGGUUUUGAUAGCAAGCAAGGAAGAAGAAGUCCUCCAAAUGGAUUCCCUUAAUGAAUCCAUUGCUUCUUCAUCAUCACUUCAGCUCCUCGAGUAUCUCAUCCUCUGUGGCAAGCUGAAUAACUUUCCAGAUUGGAUUCGCUCUCUCCGAAGCCUCACUACAAUACGAUUGCUCUGGAGCAGGCUACCGGUGGAGGAAGAUCCAGUUGUGCAUCUCCAAGGCAUGGAUAGCCUGAGGAACGUUUGGUUCAACAAUGCUUAUCAGGGUACCGAGUUGAGGUUCAUGGCUGGAUUCAGCAAUCUCAGGGCUUUGGCAUUGGCCAAUUUACCUAAUCUAGAGAAGCUGACAAUUGGCGAAGGAGGAGUGAUGCCGGAUCUUGGGAUCAUACUGAUAAGAGACUGCCCGAAUCUAAAGAUGAUAUCAGAAGGGAUCAAAUGCCUGACCAAGCUUGAAGAUUUGAGGCUCGAGAAUGUUUCUCGGGAACUGGUGGAGCGUGUUCGCGGUGAAGAUCGUGCCAACUUUCAGCACAUUCCUCUCGUCACUUGCAAGUACUGCUCAUCGAAUGGGAGUUACAUUAGUGAAAGACUUGUUCUUUGAGUUCAGUUGUUGCAGAAGAUCGAUUUUUGUACUGUUAGGAAGUUGUGUAAGUUCUGUUUUGUUUGUUGUGAAUGAAUGCAUUUUGUUUGCACACUCCUACUAGCACGCAUGGUAUGUGAGUUAUCACUGACAUGCUUACUAAGUACGAAAUGUGCACACUAGUAAAAACAUAUUGUGCAU